CGUGGACGACGAUGAUCAUAACGGCGAUCGAUACAAUGAGGUGCGUAAUUGUGGCACGUUAUUACGUGCAAGUGAAAUACGAUAAAGUGAGUACACCAGUGAUUGGAUCCAGCAUAUCGAAAGUAGCAUCGAAACAUGAUGGAGCACGUAUGAAUUCUGCACGAGUAUGCCGCACAAUAGUCGCAUCCACGUUUCUCUUGAUUAUUGGCCUUUCGAUGCACCCGUUUUUGGCGCAACAAGGACAGAGAGACAGGGACAGAAGAGGUUACGAGUCCUGCGAGUCUCCCAGGCCCAGCCCUGCCGCGUAUCCCAGGCAAGGAGCAGCAGUCUUGGAUUAUUUAGCAUGAAAUGGACAUCUUCUGGCCCGGUACGUAAUAUUAAUAUAGUCUCCAGCACUCGGUGCGCCAGAGACAAUGGCGGAGAUUCUGUUGAAUGCAGUAAUCAGAGGGCAGACUGCGUCCUGAGGGACUUUGCCUCGGCUCCGCUAGGUUGCCUUGCUCCUCUCCUCGCGUUCGCCGUUGAUCCUGCAGAAACAAGAUCCGGCUGCUCUCUUCCGCCCCGGACGUUAUCCUUCCUUUUCCACGAAAACUCUUCCUCUUCCGCUCGUCUCGCUCUCUUUUUCCAUUUCGUGCUCUGUGUCAGCGUUAGCCGCUGACAAGGCUCGUCACACGACAGACUCUAUGCUAUUUUUAAGCUCAUUGAUUUUAAUUUACAAUCGGGGUGUAUUCAGCUGAAGUAGAACGAGAAGUAUAGAGAAGCUAGGAUUCGAGGCUUAGAGUCUAGUACCUAAGCGUUUUAGAUUGCCCAGCGUUGUGUGUUUAGCAGAAGUAGAACACGUGAGAGGGAAGGCUAGGGUUAGAAUUGCUUAGACAUGGCUUAGAAUUUAGAAGCUACGUCGUUUGUCUUUGGUGAGCCAUUCGAGGUUCAUAUUUCAUUAUCGGUCACUACUUUCUGUGCAAUCUAU